AUGUCUGUUAUUGCUAGUCAUCAUGUGGCGAGGUCAAAUGAUCAAAGGCAAUAUGAUACACCGAGCGUACCAAUAAAUAUCGCACCUGAUUCAGAAGGUCACAUUCAUGAAAUGUCUCGAUUAAAGGAUUAUGAAGUGAUAGAGAAACUUGGUCAAGGAACAUUUGGGGUUGUUCAAAAGGCAAGAUCCAAAAAAGAUGGUCUGUUAGUUGCAAUCAAGCAGUUGAUCAACCAUUCUGCAAAGGAAGGUUUCCCCAUCACUGCUAUGAGAGAAAUUACUAUCUUGAAGCAAUUAAAUCAUCAGAAUAUCUUAAGUAUACAGGAUAUGAUAUUUGAAGAGCCAAAAAUGAACAAUCGAGCCGAUAUUAUAACUACAAGAGGCUCUUUUUAUACUGUGACCCCAUAUAUGUCAAGUGAUCUUGUUGGAUUACUAGAGAAUCCCAAAAUUAAACUUGAAAUCGGGCAAGUAAAAUGUAUUAUGCAACAAUUAUUGACAGGUAUUCAAUAUGUGCAUAACCAAAAGUUUUUGCAUCGAGAUAUUAAGGCAGCUAACAUUUUGAUCGGUCAAGAUGGUGUUUUGAAAAUUGCAGAUUUUGGUUUGGCAAGAGUAUAUCACGGUAACGUCCCAAGACUAGGGAUGGGUCCUGGUGGAGGGGAAAAAGCAUAUACCGGGUUGGUUGUGACUAGAUGGUAUCGACCACCAGAAAUAUUAUUAGGAGAAAGAAAGUAUACCACCGCAGUUGAUCUUUGGGGGAUUGGAUGUGUAUUUGCCGAAUUAUUUACUGGGAAACCAAUUUUGGUGGGGAAAUCAGAUUCACAUCAGGCUCAAAUUGUUUUUGAAUUAGUGGGGUCACCAUUGACAUGGACAGAUGCUGCAAAACUACCCAAUAAAAAUGAGUAUAGUUGUGGUUUGGCUUGUAAACGAAGCCUAGAGGCAAAGUUUGCCAGUAUCAUGCCUACUGAAGCUAUUGAUUUGUUGAGUGGGUUAUUAACAUUAGAUCCUUAUAAGAGACUUAAUGCUUUGGAUGCUUUGAAUCACAGAUUUUUCAGUACUGAUCCAUUGCCAUUAUUACCAACAGAAAUGCCCAAAUUUGAAGAAAGUCACGAAAUUGACAAAGAACGGUUCAAAAAAUUAAAAGAUAAAGAACAAGCUGUCAGUGAGUUAAAGCCACCCACUGAAAUACGUUACGACAAUCAUUCGGAAUCAAGAUACAAUGCGGACCAUUCUAUUUUUGGUAGUGGUGCUGGUGGUGCUGGUGGCAAAGAAACAAGUUUUAGCACUGGGAAAACAGACUAUAACGACCAUUAUGAACUGAGAGCACGCAAGGACUAUUACGAACUGAGAAUACGAAAUGACAAUAAGGAUUCAUAUGAUGCUUGGGGAGAAUUUGAGCCGACUACAAGACAAGAACAAAGACGGAGGGAUGCUCACAAUAGAAUUGACACAGGUGGAAUGGAUACCUACAUAUCAAAGACUACCACAGCAAAGCUCCGAGAACACAUUGGCACAGAGUCUUUACUGAAAAAAUAUGAAAAUUAUCAACCAAUAAAUGUUUCCAAAGAAUCAAAACCUUCAUCUCCGUCCAAACUGCAGUUUAUUUCACAAUCAAAGGCAGAUUUCACUAGUAAGACAGCAGUUCAAAAGUUUGCAUCUAGAGAAAACUCACUUGAGAGGAAACCGGGUUUGAAUGGUGUUCGUAGCACUGCCGAUGUGGAGCCACCAAGAGCAAGGGCUCGUGGGCCAACUGACAUAUUUGGAAGACCCAUGGGUCCAAGUAGUACUCAAGUACAACAGACCAGGAAUAAAUCGUUAGAGCGACAAAAAGAUCCUAUGAAACCAGCAAAUGGUCUGAAUGAUGACAGGAGUAAGAAACCACCUUUGGAAGAGAAGAAAGAAGUUGUCAAACCAAGUUUGGCAAUUCCAAAAAUUAAAAAAAGCAGUUCUUUAGUGCUGUUGCUGUCCAAAUCGGUCACAGCACCUGCUGCUUCUAAUCCAUUGAAGGUUACAAAAAGGUUGGUUAGUAGUCUGACACCACCAGCACCAUUAAAGAAACCAAAAAUAUCCAAGACUAGUCUGGAAAGUGAUGUGAGUGAUGUUGAAGAUGACAGUAAUUUCACUGGUGAGAAUGCAGUUGUAUUUGAAAGGUUUAUGGCAUUUGAACAAUUACAAAGAUUGCCAGUUUAUAAAAGAAUUGUAAAUGAGAAAAUGAAGUUUAAAAAAUUAUCAGAAAGUCACAAAUCUAUGUAA